AUGUCUCCCACCGCCGGGCCCUCUGGAGGGUUUUCUCUGUUCCCCAACACCAGCUCGACGAAGCCGCCGUCGAGGAAAACGACGCCUCGACCUCGUGCCGCCACUCCUCAGUCUUCCAUACGCGAGGGAGGCCCAUCCAUCGAGAUGACACCACCCCGGAACGGGGCUCGUACACCAGAAGACUUGUCGAGAUAUGUGAUCGAUGGAACUCCGUCAGCCUUAGCCGGCCACUCUCGACAGUAUUCGGAGGAAUUACCUGUGUCUCAACCUGUCCCUCUGGCAGACGCACCGCAACGGACGGACACGGCGUUUUCUGGGGCCACCACACUCGUACGAGGCAACAGCACCCGUUCCAGAAGCUCAAUUGCGAAGCGGCCCCUUGACGAGACGCCAGAGUCACCACAUGCAGGAGCAACUGCCUUUCGCUCGAUAUUUCCACAGUACGACCAUGGCCUGCCAUUCGACCGUCAGGAGUACUUCCCGACGCAGACGAGCCCUACGCACAUCCCCAGGCAGGUCAUCAGCAGACAAUCACACGUGCCGCAGGUAUCAGAAACCCGCAGUCCGCCGGUACGAAGCCCUGUAAGGAGUCCGCUCAGUAUAGACUCAACCCAGAGGUGGCCCCGGCGGCAACAGGAGCCGCCCGUCAUCCCGCCAGUGAACACGACGGAUGAUCUGAGGGACUAUUGGAAAGCAGCGAAUGGAUGGAAAGCGACGUCGACCGAAGGCCGAAGUUACUGCAUGAAACUGGAGCCGGAAAAGGACACGCCAAUUUACUACUUAUCUUCCACGACCCAACCCUUCUACCAUAUGCGAAUUAACCCUACAUCGGCGUCGGCCUACAUAACGCUGAGUCGGCAUGAUCCUACCAAGCCGUUCAAGGAGCGCGAUCCUAAUGCGGACGCAAGGCCGCAGGGUAUCCUAGCAGCCCUGCGGGAAUCGGAGAAGUCAAAGACGUGGCACGAAGCCAUCACCACGACCCUAGAGGAAGAAUCGCGGCGCUUGCCCCCUGAGGACGGGCUAGUGGCUCUGCUCUUCCCCUGUGCCGCCACGAAGAUGGCUCUCGACAAGCCUGGCGACAUCCAGGCCGUCAUGAUGGCCGAGCGUGAGUGCGCCCGUCUCGUCUGGGACGAGGACAGCCAAAACUACUUCCUGGUGCACCCCGCACUGGCAACGCCAUUCUGCAUCACUGUCGAGCGGAACCAGGCCUGGAGCCGGACCGAGUACACGCUCGAGCACAUCGAGUCGCCGCAGCACCUGGCCAAGCUGACGCGCGACGGCACGGGCGAGGGCUGGAUGGAGCUGGACACACUGAUCGCGGGCCGCAUCGAGGCGCACUACAUCCUGGACGUGGCCGUGUGCGCGCUGCUCAUCGUCGCCAACCUGGACGAGAAGAACCACCACGUCGAGACGUUCGAGCCGCCGCCGCCCGCGUUCCCGGCGCCCGCCCACUUCCGCGGCGAGGGCCGUGAGAGCCGGAGCAGCUUCACGUCCAAGCUGAUGGGCGGCGGCGGCAAGAAGGAGGACAAGAAGCGCAAGAGGCGCGCCAAGCUCGAGGCCAUGGAGCUGGACCUCGAGAGCCAGACAAGCAGCCUGGGCAAGCAGCUGGACGUCAAGGACAAGGACAAGCUGCCUGGCACGACGCGGACGGUGAUCAAGCUGAUCACGUUCGCGUUCAAGUGCUUCAUCUGGGCGCUGACGCUUGCGUUCAAGGCUGUGGUCGCCGUGGUGGCUGGGCUGAGCAAGUGUUUGACAAGCGAGAAAUUAUAG